AAUAUUUGUGUCAAACUUUGUUGUAUGUUUAUUUAAUAACGAAUGAGAAAAUAUCUAAUUUAAAUGGAUUAAUAAUGGAAAAGUUAGUAAAUACUUACUGUCGCCUUUGUGCAGAACCCAAGAGCCCAGAGAAGCUGCUUAAUUUGCGUGAAGACUGUUUAAAACACCAAGAAAUCUUAUUAAAGUUGACGUUCUUGAAUGCACAUUACGUCGAAAUAAACUGCGACAAUAUUUUGCCUAAAACAGUCUGUUUCAUUUGCUACGACUCUCUAAAUAAAGCUUACGACUUCCUCGACAAGGCGAAGAGAGCUCAGAAUACAUUAGCAGUAUUAUUUUUGAAUAAAAAUGCUGCGAAAUACGAUGACUUAUCAGAUGAUGAUCGCAUGGUUUUCGACGAUUUCCUAUCCCAGGAACCCGCAGAAGACCUUAAUAUUGAAGUUAAACAAGAGAAAAUCAGUCCAAAGUUAAUAAAAAGUGCCUCGACAGCAUUAGAAACUGUAAUUGAAGUAAAAAAUGAACCUAAAGAAGAAUACCCGGAACAGCCUAAUUUAUCAGAUAUAUUAAACGAAAAUGUCACUAAUAAUUGCGAGCAGACGUUAGAUGUCCAAGAUAUAAUAGAAGCGGCAAUAUGCAAUAUACCGAUGAACUCAAAUGUUGAGAUUUAUGCGAAGGACUUACCAGAUUUGGACAAAAGUGUCAUAAAGACUUGGAAAGAUUAUCCAUGGCUGUGUGCCUUAUGUAACAUUGAAUUUUUAGAUCUGGACACGUUGAGGUUGCACGCGAAGGCAGUACACGGCAAGUGUGCUACGUUCCUGUGUAUCGACUGUAAGGUUGCAAGAAAAGAUAAAUUUACUUCCUUCGUUAAGCAUGUUAGAAAACAUUGGAAAAGUUUGAGAAAUUACUGUUACUAUUGCAACGAAAUAAUCGACAAAACUGAAUCAUCUGGUACCCACUUGAAGCUACACUUCUUGAAGUCCCAACUGCCUUGCCCUCUAUGCGGAGAAAUAGUCCAGAACGAGGAAGAACUGAAACUACACCUCCAGGAGUACGGAGCUGUGAAAACUAAGCGAAAACCACGAAGAAAGCCUGGAACACCAAUCACAGUCGAAGACCUGACGUGUUCGCUAUGCAAAAAGGUCUACAAAAACCCCAACAGCCUGAGAGAUCACAUGAAACUUCACAAGAUUGACAGGAAAAGGAAUUACACGUGCGAACGUUGCGGCAAAAUGUUUUAUAACAAAGGUACUCUAACCUCUCAUAUAAUGUCUCACGACAAGAUCAGACCGCAUGUUUGCAGGAUAUGCAACAAGUCGUUUCUCUAUCCGAACAUGUUGCGGAGACACGUUGAAAUGCAUUCCGGUGUUAAGCCGUUCUCGUGUGAACAAUGUGGACGUUGCUUCAGAUUGCAAUAUCAGUUGAAUGCCCACAAAAUUGUGCACACAAACUCGAUGCCUCACAUAUGCCAGUAUUGCAAUAAGGCGUUCCGUUACAAGCAGAUUUUGAAGAAUCAUGAACGGCAACAUACGGGUGCGAAGCCUUAUUCUUGCCAGCAGUGCGGUAUGGAAUUCACGAAUUGGUCCAAUUACAAUAAGCAUAUGAAACGUAGACACAAUACGGACACAUCGAAGAAGAAAAUCACUCCGGAGGGAGUUUUUCCUAUCAAUUCGGAGACAGGACAGAUAAUACGGGUUGAGAACAGUUUGGGAAUGGAAGAGUGGAAGAGUAAGAUCAUGAUUCCGGCCAAGCGCGGGAAGAAGAGAGUGAUAAAGCAAGAAAACAAUGAUUGAAUUAUCCCUUGGUAGACAGCCACGUUAAAAUUGAGAUUCAAAUAGUGUCAGGUUGCAAGCCCAUCCCCUACAAGAAAAGUUUACGACAUACAAGGGAAAGAGAUGGAGUUGUCUGUAUAUAUGUAUGUAUGUUUCACGAGUGAAUGUUCAGUUGUAAAGUGCAGUAUUUUUUUAAUGUGUUAAAUUUUAUAUAAAGACACUUGUACUAAUGACGACAUAAUGUAAGUCUCGAACUUACACUAAGGCUAGCAUAAUCUGUGUAAAUUGUUCCAUAUAUGUAUAAUUGUAUAUAUUUAUUUGUAAUAUCUUUCUUGCACAGAAAUUUACACAGUUACAAGAAAUAGUACGUAUUUAUAAAAGUAAUAAAUCACUUGCAAUGACGGAGUUAUCCAGUGAAGGGAUCUCUUCCAGUAAAACGGCAAACAAUAAAGGAAAUAGAUAAUUCAUUUAAAAAUUGUCGCAUAAUAUAUUAGGAUACACUCUUCACGUCUAUUCCUUACGGGUUAGACAGAGCCACGAGCCAUUAGUUGGAUCUCAUAAACAUAGAUUUGAGAUCUAGACAUGUCUAAUGGUAAAUAUUGUUCUGUGGUUGUUUCAUUUUUGGUCAAGAUAUACUAAACAUUAUUCUUAUUAUAUUCUGUUCUUUUAUUUGUAUAGUUGGUUUAUAAUUUUGUUUAUAUUUAUAGGGUCUAGCAGAUAAAACGGCAAUAUGUAAAAUAUUUUUUUAAUAAUUAA